UGCACUCAUCAUCUUGUUCUGUUUGUAUAUAUAUCAGAAUUUUCUACUUAUUUUCCCUCCUAUUUUUUUCUCUUUCAGAUAUUUUAUGAGUCAUUUGACGAACCUUUUGAUGGCCGAUGGAUUGUUUCUAAAAAAGAUGAAUAUCAAGGUGUGUGGAAGAAUUCACAGAGUGAGGGGCAUCAAGAUUAUGGGCUUCUUGUGAGUCAAAAGGCAAAAAAAUAUGCCAUCGUCAAAGAGCUUGAUAAGAAAGUGACAUUGAAAGGCAAAAAAAUUGUUGUACAGUAUGAAGUUAGGUUCCAAAAUGGGCUAGAAUGUGGUGGUGCUUACUUGAAAUUCCUGAGACCCCAAAAGUCUGCAUGGAAAGUCGAGCUUUUUGACAGUGAAGCUCCAUAUUCCAUCAUGUUUGGACCUGACAGAUGUGGCUCCACAGACAAAAUUCACUUCAUUUUCAAUCACAAGAACCCCAAGAAUGGAGAGUACAUUGAGCAUCACCUCCAGGAGCCUCCUUCUGUGCCAUCCGACAAGAUUUCCCAUGUCUACACGGCGAUAAUAAGUCCAGAUAAUAGAGUUUCCAUUCUUGUUGAUGGGGAUGAGCGAAGGAAUUCCUAUCUGCUUUCUGGUGAUGAUUUUGAACCGCCAUUGAUUCCACCUUAUAUGAUUCCUGAUGAGAAGGAUAAGAAGCCUGAGGACUGGGAUGAUCGUCCCACAAUUCCAGAUCCUUCGGCGACAAAGCCUGAUGACUGGGAUGAGGAUGCGCCUCCAAUGAUCGAAGAUGAGUAUGCUGUAAAACCUGAAGGCUGGUUAGAUGAUGUGCCUCUGGAGAUCGAUGAUCCUGAUGCUUCAAAGCCAGAAAUUUGGGAUGAUGAGGAGGAUGGUGAAUGGGAAGCCCCAAAAGUUCCUAACCCCGAGUGUUCUCUUGCACCUGGUUGUGGCAAAUGGAAGAGACCCGCUAAGAAGAAUCCUACUUAUAAAGGAAAGUGGAAGCCCCCUCACAUUGAAAACCCAAAAUUCCGGGGAUUUUGGAAACCCCGAAUGAUUCAAAACCCUAAAUACUUUGAGACUGAUACCCCAAAUUUUGAGCCCAUUGCUGCUAUUGGUAUUGAGAUCUGGACAAUGCAAGAUGGUCUUCUAUUCGACAACAUUCUGAUAACUAGGGAUGAGCACGUUGCUAGCAGUUACAGGGAGACAACAUGGAAGCCAAAGUACGAAGCAGAAAAAGCGAAACAGAGAGCCCAGGAACUUGCCUCUUUAGAUUUUGUCACCAGAUUCCAGCAAUGGGCGCUCAAAAUGCUAUUCCGGAUAGCAGACCACCCUUACAUGGAAGCAUACAGACAUCACCUUUUUGAUAUCAUUGAGAAGGUAGAAGACGAACCUAAAUCAACACUAGGCGUUUUCAUUUCCAUCAUCGUUGUGAUUAUGACAAUUUCCUUCACAGUUAUCUUCAGCAUUAAAAAGUCACCUGCAAGUGUCAAUGUCGCUGACAAGAAAAAGUACAAAGCUGCUGCCAAAACUUCGGACAACAACAAAAAGGAAGGAGAGACUGAGACUGAGAAAGAGAAAGCUGCAUGUUCUGGUCCUAGUAAGAAGUCUGGUGAAAAAGAUGCUUGAACGAGGCAGAUGAAUGGCCUCCAUUUGUUGUUUAAGAAAUUUUAAUCAGGUUAGGAACUUUUAUCACUAAAUUAUUUGUAGUAAUCUGAAUUUUUUUUCAUUUUAGUUCUGUUGCAGAGUACUUUCUGGACUAUAAACAGGCAAAGCCCUCUUGCACCGAUAAUCCCUCGUGUACUUCUUCUGAAGUAAUUCUCUUCAUGCAUUUUGAUUUGACAGUUCACUGUCCACAA